CGGACCAUGGGCUGGCGGCUGCUGCUGCUGGCCCUGGCGCUGGGCGGCCGCGUCGCCACCGCGCAGAACGACACGGAGCCCAUCGUGCUGGAGGGCAAGUGCCUGGUGGUCUGCGACUCCAACCCGGCGCCCGACGCCAAGGGCUCGUCCUCCUCGCCGCUGGGCAUCUCCGUGCGGGCGGCCAACUCCAAGGUGGCCUUCUCGGCCGUGCGGAGCACCAACCACGAGCCCUCCGAGAUGAGCAACAAGACGCGCAUCAUCUACUUCGACCAGAUCCUUGUAAACGUGGGCAAUUUUUUCACGUUGGAGUCUGUCUUUGUAUCGCCACGGAAAGGAAUUUACAGUUUCAAUUUUCACGUAAUUAAAGUCUACCAGAGUCAAACAAUUCAGGUGAAUUUGAUGCUGAAUGGGAAGCCAGUGAUCUCUGCUUUUGCUGGGGACAAGGACGUCACCCGUGAAGCCGCCACCAACGGGGUCCUGCUCUACCUGGACAAGGAGGACAAGGUUUACCUGAAGCUGGAGAAAGGAAAUCUGGUUGGUGGGUGGCAGUACUCGACAUUCUCUGGCUUCCUGGUCUUCCCCCUGUAAAGUCAAUUUUCCCGUGACGUUGUGGACUCAUCCUCGCCUCUGUUCCAUGAAGAUCGUUUUGUCAUCAUGGGAGUGAUGGUUCUUUUUUUGCUUUCUCAUGGGUGAUUUUGGAUUCUCUCCAUGGAUUUUGGCCCCAUCUGAACUACUCAGAAGUUCCACAGAAUUCUGCGUGUCCAAAUAUGACAUCUUUGGCCUGAGACUAAAGCAGACAAUAAAUAUCAAUGCUUAAGGUUUCAGUCUAAAGCUGCCUGCAAGAUUUAUUCCAAUUUCACUUCCUGGAUUCGGGGAAGAAGUGGAUUUUCUUUAACUGUGAAAAGACUGGCACCGAGUCUUUCGUGUAGGAGAGUUUGAGUUCAGACUUCAAGCAAGAGUUAGUGUGUUGCUGCCAAAGAGCUGUGUAUUGAUAUAUUGGUCAUGUUCCUGUCCUGGGCCUGCAGUGCCACCAUCCAUCCCAUUGUCCUAGAGAGGUCAUUCUUGUUGCUAAGUGGCUGACUUGAGCUCUCCUCUGCCUGUUGUGUGUUGGAUGGUUCACCCAAACAUUUAAGCUCAGUCACAACCAAGUCCAGCUUGGGAAAUCUGAGGGGGUGUGGAUGAGUUUUGGUUGGAUGUGGAAGGGGCUCCUCUUUUCCAGGUGCUGAUUCCUAAAAGGAAAAGCAGAUUCUAACCAUUCAGGGUUCAAGGUAGUCAUGCAGGCACAGCUUUGCUCAACAGCUUUGCCCUGCAGGACACCUCACACUUGUUCUUCAAUUUUAAUUAACUUGAUUGCUAAUUACUGCUUUAUUCAACUCCUGAGGGAUUCCUUCCUUAGACACAACCACUUUGUCAGCUGGAGAUGAGAUCCCCCUUGUUUGUAUUUCUGUGUAUUUUCCAACCCUUCUGUUGUGUUAAAGGUCUUAUCAGGUUUUGCCUUAACUCCACAGGUGUAUAAAAUUUUAGAUUGUUUGUUUAGCAAAUAUGAAAGGCAAAUAACUGAUACCUAACUUGGUACAAAAGCUUCCCAGCUUUGUGUACAGGUCAUGUGAAUUCAUAAACUUAUUUGUUAUCUCAUUGUUCCACAAUAAAGGUUAACACAUGUUAGCUGCAUUUUUGACAUUUGGAUUUUGGGAGUCGCUUCAUACUAUUUUUUACAUUGGAUAUUAUUAUUAUAUGCAAAAUGGAAGCUUUUGGGAUUCACAGAAAAUAUCCCGGGAGGCAGAAAAACUGCCACGAGUUAGUCUGGCAGAAUCCUGGAGGUAAUCAGAGUGAUCUAGGAAUAACCUAUGCAUUUUAUUUAAAAAUAGAAUUUAGGCAGAAAUCCUGGCCUCACUGAAGUCGGCGUUAAGAAUCACAUUGAUUCCAAAGGAUUUUGGAAGAAACCUCUGCUUUAGGUUCAGCCAUCAGCAUCAAACUCCAGUGCCAUCAGAAUGAAGAUUCCAUAAAAUGAUUUUCCCAUGAGCUGCUAACGAAACCUUCAUCCCUCGUGCCCCAAAUACACUGAAUUGAUGGAUCUUUGUGCCUUGCAUAUCAUGAAGGGUGUGGUUCUAAAUUAAAAAACUUCUGUGUACUUGAAAAUGUUUGUGGGUGAAAGCAUCUGCAGCAACCUGGGAGCUUCCCUGGAAGCCACUUUGGGCUGGGAUUUGCUGCUUUUGGGAUCUGUUUCCAAUUCCUUCCCUUGCUGGCCGAGUGCAGUGUGUCCUGCUGGUAUUUCACGGGUUGGAAAUCUCACUCAUGGCUGCUUGGUGAUCCCCUGGAAAUAUCAGGGAAUUGGUGGCACAGCUUGGUGCCCAAAUUCCUGAUUUUUCCUCAGCCGCCACACAGGAGAUUUUGGGCUGUUUCAGGAGGAUUGGUGGGUACUUUGCACUCCUGUAAGUCAGAUAGGAGGUGAUUUUUUUGCACACAAUUUUGUUCCUGUACUGACCACUGCAGCUGGGGAAGAAGUGGAAGGAGCUGGCAAGGAGGUGAACGAUUCACGCUGCUGAAAAGCAUUCAAAAGUUGUGAUGACCAAUCAAAAUGUGUUCCUGCUGUACCCCAAAAUGUGUGUAUAUAAAUAUAUGUAUCUCUAAACCACCUGGAAUUGCAGAUCAUAGUUUGCAUGAUGUUAUAAAGAGGUUACUUGUCCUAAGAGUUUAUUUCAGACGGGAGCAUCGGUGUUUUGUAUAAAGUUGGUUAAAUCUGCCAUCUCCCCUUGCCCAUGGAUCUAUCUGUAAUGUAAAAGAAAUGUUGCUGCUGAGACAGAAGAAAAAUGGCA